GCGUGCGCGUGAAGGCGGCGGCGGCGGCGGCGAGGAGACGGAGACGGAGACGGAUCCGGAGCGGGAGCUUCAGCCCCCCCCCCCCGUUGGCGCCACCCGGGCUCGGCGUUCGCCAACACCCCCCCCUCUCUCCCCCGUCCCUCCCCUCCCCACCGGCCUCAACUCUGCCCGCUCUCCUCACACUCACCUCCCUCCCUCCCUCCUCCUCUCUCGUUCAACGUGACCCGAAGGCGGGCAGCGUGUUGUCCGGCUGGGAUUCAUUCAGAGCAAGUAAUAUGUCCGGUGAGUCACAGAGGGCUGAUGACAGCCCCAGUACCAGUAGUGGUAGUUCAGAUGGGGAUCAACGUGAGAGUAAUCAGCAAGAACAAGAAAGGGAACAACCACAGCUGAAGAAGAAGGAUGCCAAGAUUUCCAGUAAAACUGCUGCUAAACUUUCAACCAGUGCUAAAAGGAUUCAGAAAGAACUUGCAGAGAUUACACUGGAUCCUCCCCCAAAUUGCAGUGCUGGUCCCAAAGGAGACAAUGUCUAUGAAUGGAGGUCAACUAUCCUGGGUCCCCCAGGUUCAGUGUACGAGGGUGGUGUCUUCUUCCUAGAUAUCACAUUUUCACCUGACUACCCCUUCAAGCCACCCAAGGUGACGUUCCGAACAAGAAUCUAUCAUUGUAAUAUCAACAGCCAAGGAGUGAUCUGUCUGGAUAUUCUGAAGGAUAACUGGAGCCCAGCACUGACCAUUUCGAAGGUUCUUCUGUCAAUUUGUUCUCUUCUAACAGACUGCAAUCCUGCUGAUCCUUUGGUUGGAAGCAUAGCAACUCAAUAUCUGACCAACAGAGCAGAACAUGACAGAAUAGCCAGACAGUGGACCAAGAGAUAUGCCACAUAAGAAUAUAUUGCAGUAAAUCCUGUCUCUGGGAAAGCACAUUCACCAAGUGCAACAACAUUCCCAGACCCUCCUCCUGACUUUAUUUUAAAAUCCUGACCUUUUUUAAAACAAAUCUUCGUGUAAAAAUAUCCUUCUGUUCCCUAAAGACUUGAAGCAAUUUGACACCUUGGUUGUUUUUACAAUGUCCAAAUCUCUACAAUGUAAAGAAUGUUCAACUUAUAUAAGUAGAGAGCUUUAUUGUUACAUAGGUUUGUAUAAGUGUGUCCUCUUCCAUGGUUCCUGAACCAUAAUAGAUUAUAUAUCUAAUUUCUUCACAUAGGUAGCGAUUAGAACCAGAUUUUUUGUACUAAAGUCAAUCAUGUCAGGUGCAUGCUACCAGGUUAAAGCUCUGCAAUAAGCUUAAUUUAACAAUCACUGUGCAUUACAACCAUGACUGUCUUUUUCACCAGCCUCACUUUCUUUUUCUCUCGAAAAGGCUGAUGAACAACACUUAAAAUUUGUGUAUUUUGAACAAUACUUACUUUCAAAUGCUUGUAAAUUUUGAGAUCCUUGCAAUUCCUGACUGUGGAACAGUUGAUGUACACUUGUAUUAUUGCACCCAUUAAAACAGCACCAUGGCUGAAGUACAGCAUA